AAACAUCAAAUGAACAUGGCUGCAGAAGCUCAUGGUCUAAAAGGCAGCGUUAUGAGAAACGCUGCUCCCUCUCAGCACAUCAAACCCUGUCCAGCUCCUCCAGGCUCUUCACUGGACUUCACUGGACUUCACCAAAACAAAACCAUGGACCCUUGUACGGCUCUUGCUGUCGGAACAGGAGCCGUGGUCGCUGUGGUCGGGGCCCCUCUGGUUCUGGGAGCCGUAGGUUUCACCUCGGCUGGGAUCACAGCAGGCUCCUACGCUGCCACCAUGAUGUCCGCCGCGGCCGCGGCCAACGGGGGGGCGGUGGCCGCAGGCAGCACCGUGGCUGUUAUGCAGGCUGCAGGUGCGGCUGGUCUGUCUGGAGCUGCUACUGCGGCUGUGGCCGCCACCGGAGCAGCGGUGGGAUAUCUGACUAACCUUUGUGAUUCCCCCAUUUGAGGAAAUCACUUCUUCAGUUGGAUCAUUGGGCCUCAUUCACCAAUAUGUCAUUUCUUACAUUUGCUCUUAAGAAAGUUCCUAAGAAAAGUCUACGUGUGAUUCAUGACGUGUUUCUAAACAGCGGAAUUGUUCGCAGGUGCGGCCUUAGAAUGAUGAAUCCCAUUUUAUUGUAAAGCAAAUUAAAUCAACGUUUGUUUUUUAAAGUCACACAACUGUAGUGUUCAAUAAAUUGAUGGAACCUGUCAAA